CUUCCGCCAGCGGCCCGGCCGCGGCCAUGGCGGGGUAUUUGACUCCGCGCUUCAGGAGGAUCCGCAGCCAGAGCGACUUGCGGCCGCGGCGGGGCAGCGGGCGGCGCCGAGACUGUGAUGGCCCUUUUCAAGCAACUCAGCUGUGGAAUAGCAUUAUACAUGCCCUUCACAAUCAAGUGGAAAUCAAAAGACGUAGACAACACUUGAAAACAUACAGAAACUGUUUCACUGGCUCCAAUGCUGUUGAUGUGGUACUGAGCCAUCUUAUGCAAAGCAUGUACCUGAGCUGCAAUGAUAUUUCUCGGCUGAAGGGGGUCCGUGUGUGCCAAGCAUUGAUGGAUCACAAAGUGUUCGAGCCAGUUGGAGCCAAGCUUUACUUAUUCAAGAAUGGGAAAGAAACAGAGUUUGAAGACACGGACACUAGUCUCUAUAGAUUUGUAAAUAGCAGUCUUGAUCCUCUUCUUCCAAGAAAGAAUAAGGACAAUGAAAGUUUAUCUCCUGAGCAAAUCUGCAAACAGAAAACAAAAAGAUGUUCCAACAGAACAAAGUGUGACACAACACUUUCAAACCCCUUAGCAUUGGAAGCAGCUGAUAAAAAGAGGGUUGAGGAGCUUCUUCAGUCAAUAUAUGUUCAUGCAUCUUUACCUCCAAAGAUCACAGUUAAUGAACCAACUCACCUGCUCUCUAAAGGAGUAAUAGAAGAUGUCUGGAAAGAGCAAACUCUGCUACGACUGCUGCAGUUAAUUGAUGUCCCCCUUCUAGAAGAUAUCUUGGUGUCUUCAGUGAAGACAAAAUCAGACAGUCUUGGUAAAGAAGAAGACAUGAUUAUCUCAAAUACUUUCCUGGAAAGAGAGGUUAUGUGUAGCUUAAACUUGCCCGAGCUUGACAGAUGGCUCUAUGCUGCAAUUGAAUGCUUGGAGUAUUUUCCUGACCAAUUCCUAGUGAUGGUUAGUCAGCAGCUACCUCAAAGCACUAACAGCCCCAGCAGUCUGAAUACGUACAAGAAGAUUCUUUUUGAUGUUAUAAUGAAGUAUUACAGUCAAAAGAAGGACUCUCUUCUUGCCAUUCAGGAUUUUGAUAUUCAUUCAGGAAUUAUAGAACUUAUAGAAAAAGGAAAAACAGAUCAAGCUCUAGAGGCAUUACAACUUUAUUUAAAGUUAUUAGCACCAAAUAUUAGUGAAGAACUUCACAGGCUCCUUACAUUCCUAGCCAUUGCAUCAGAAUCUGAGGGCUACAGAUUGCAAAAACAAUUUGAGAACAGAUAUGUGAUCAUCAAGACUUGUACAAAGUUCAUCUUACAAAAUAGGAUACUGUCAAAACCACAGGCAGAACUGCUGACUCAGUUUCUGAUGGACAAUCACUCUGAGCUCUUCAAGGCUCCUUUAACUCUUCUGGAACUAACGAGUAGGAGACUUCAGAGUUUGCUAGAAGGGCAAGAUCCAGAUAUCAAUUCAGGUUUCACCUUCUGUCAGCGCAUUACAACUAAAGAAUAUGAAGAUCAAAAGCAACAAACCAAUAAGUAUCUUCUAGCACUGAUUCGAGAGAUGGACAAUGACCCUACUGUUCCUUUGAAGCAAAAGAAGAAAUUAAUCAAAGAAUUCCGAAAAUACCAUUCUUUUGUCUACUGUAGUGGUUGUCAAACCACAUGUGAACUUUGUACUCCAAAUGGUUAGACUUCAAUAGCCUUUUAUUAAUCUUAUUUUUAAAAGAGUGGAGGAGACACAUAAAAAUUAGUCAUUAAAAAUAGGUUUUUUCUUAUGUCUUUACAUCUUCAGUUUCAGGAAGCUACAAUUACCAAAAUUACUAUGAUGCUAAAAAGCAUUAAAUCUAAUUUAUCUUUUAAGCAAAAUAUACUUAAUUACUUUUAAGUAAUAACAACACACUGCUUGGGCUGCCUUGAGUUCGGGGUUUGUUGCUUUUUUCCAUCUAUCCCACAAUCCCAUGGCUUUCUAUCUGAGCCACAUCUAUGUUCUGAGCCAUGCUUGUGUUAAUAAUCAGUAGGGGUUUUUAAUCUUUUCUAUCUUUAAUUAAUAGUAACUUAUUCUCAUCUCAAACUGUAAGUUAUGACUCCUAUGGGUAUUGAAAAAGUGUGCAAAGUGUGUAAAAAUGUUGGAAGCAGGUCAGCAGAUUUUGAAUCUGUAGCAGGAAUGAUUUAUUAGGCAGGGGAGCUGUGUGUGCUUGCAGUUGGUAAUUACAACCUGUUACUGCCUCCACACUCUGGCAGACUGAGCUGCUGCUAAUUCAAGUAAAAAGUUACAUUUUGAAGAAACCUGAGAAAUAAAUAUCUUGUUUUAGAUCUUAGUAUACUUUAGUAAUUUAUUUUAACCUGAGGAUAUUUUGAUAGUGUCCAAUUAUUUAUCAUAAAUGCUUUGGUAAUGUUUAUGAAUUCCUAGGGAAAAGCUAGAAAAUAUAUUGGCCUGUCCUGACACAUUGAUGGUUAGCACUACAUCAAAUCAUUAAAUCAUGGAAUUAUAGAAUGGUUUGGGUUGGAUGAAUCUUAAGGGUCAUCUACCAAACCCCCUGCCAUGGCAGGGACACCUUUCACUAGACCAGGUUGCUCACAGCCUCAUCCAACCUGGCCUUAAACACUUGCAGGAAUGGGGCAUCCACAAUUUCUCUGGGCAACCUGUGCCAGUGCCUUACCAUCCUCACAGGGAAGAAUUUUUUUCCUAAUACUGAAUCUAAACCUGAUCUCUUUUAGUUUGAAGCCAUUCUCCCUUGUCUUGUCACUACAAUAUGCCCUUGUGAAAAGUCCCUCUCCAGGUCUCUUUGUAGGCUCCCUUAAAGUACAGGAAGGCAACAAUUAGGUCACCCCAAAGCCUUCUCUUUUUCAGGCUGAACAAUCACAAUUGUCUCAGCUUUUUUUUUUUUUUUAUAAUAACUAAAUAUGUGAUAUAGUGUGAUAGGGGUUACAGUAUUUCUUUCAUCCUUGCAACAUACAUUUAGUCAUGUAUUGGACAAAGACUCAGAGACUUGGUAUUGGAAGGGAUCUGUGGUGUAGUCUCACCACUCAAGUCAAAGUGGAGUUGAUUAGUGCAGGCUGCUCAAGGACUUUGCCAGCUGAGUUUAGAAUAUCUCUAAAAACAGACAUGCCACAGCCUCUUAGAUGAGUCUGGUCCAGACUUUCACUAGUCUCACAGUAUUUAAAAACAAGCAAACAAUCCCUGCCUCCACACAAAAAAGCAAAAAACCCAACCAAAAUAUGCCUUAUGCUUAGGUAGAAUUUCUUGCACUGCCUCCUGUCCUUUCACUGACACUGCUGAAGUGUCUGGCUCAGUCUUCUUUAUUCCCUCCCACAAGCAUUCUCAGGGCUAAACAAGCACAGCACUCUCAGCCUCUUCCCUGUGUGACAGACCCUCUACUUCCUUAUCAUUUUCUUGGCCCCAAUGCUGGACUAGUUCCACUAUAAGCAUGAUUUUUUUUGUUGUGGUUGUGAAUGUGCUACUUUAGGUAUCUCCAUCCUCAUGUAGGCUUCAAAUGUAGUUAAGUCAGCAGGAUACCAAAGCUUUCUUAAAAGAAGUGCUGUCUUGUUUUUAAAUUGAAAUAGUUACACUGUAUGAUAUAAACAACACAACCUAUUACCUGUACACUUAGUUAACUUGCAUAUUUGAAGUAGCCUUAUUUAAAUUGCCCUAUUAGAAAUCAGAGAAUGUAGCUGAAAUCUCUGUCCAUAAAUUCCUGUAUAUGCACUUGCUGUGACUCACCAGUGUGAAAUAAAUAAUUUCUAGAGGAGGAAAAAUGUCCAAGUUUCCCUUUUCAGAACAGAAUGCCCUAAUUCCUAUAGGACAGGGCUAUGUAUUCUUUUUCUAGCCCUGUGUGGGGCUUUGGUUAUUCUUCCAGAAGAGGGAGCAUAUACAGAAGCAGGUUAUUGAGACUUGUAAACAGGAAAGUAUUUCCUGACUGUUUCUGGUAUUGAGUAGUACAAGGAAGAGAUUUUAGUUUGUUUUAUUUUUUUUUUCCUAAUCUCUCUCUCUGUCUGUCUCUCUGUUUUCAGUUCCUUUACUAUGUCCUACUCAAAAUACUAAACCUGGUAACAGGGAGGAGUGAUAACAUGGUAAUUUAUAGGCUGGGUGGGCUGGGAAUUGCUUUGAGAAAAACUGUUGUUGACAAACAAACUUGCACUUUGUGACUUGAUAUAGAAUUU